AUGAAGGAGGCUUUUGAGAAAGAGUUUUCAAAAAAGAAGACAUUUGGCCAUAAGAAUUCUGCAAGAGCGGAAAUUCAAGAGUUUUGCAAGGCUCAAAACAUCCAAUUCCAAACUUUGAGAAGUGCCAAAGUCUAUGUCAAACUUGUGUGCAAGCACUUUGGAGAUUAUCGUAGCACCAGAGGUGUAGAAAACGGCAAUGAUGAUGAGGGUGGAUUCAAGAGACCCAACCGAAAGACAGGUAAAGUUGGGUGUACAGCCUUCAUCCACCUAAAGAUAGUUUUGAAGGACGUGGAGAAUCGGUGGUUUGUGAUUAAGACAUGCUUUGAGCAUACGCAUCCUGUCAGCAGUAACCGCAAGAUGUACCACGUCAAUAGAAAACUGGAAGCUGAUGAUGCAAAGUAG